CCAUUCUCCUUCAGAUUCAUCUUUUGUGCUCAGUUUUUUAUAAAGAGGAUGGCUCGGAUCGAAUACUCUGACAAAUACUUCGAUGAUACUUACGAGUACAGGCACGUCGUACUGCCUCCAGAGGUUGCUAAGCUUCUCCCUAAGAAUCGUAUCCUCGCCGAAAGUGAAUGGAGAGCUAUAGGAGUGCAGCAAAGCCGUGGAUGGGUCCACUACGCUAUUCAUCGCCCUGAGCCACACAUCAUGCUCUUCCGGAGGACUCUCAACUACCAGGCUCCAAAUCCCAUUCCUAAGUAGAAUUUAUUUGGUUUAUGUCUCUCGUAAACACACACACUCUCUGUUUCAUUCCCCCUUGUCUCUUUUUAUUUUAUUUUAUUUUAUUUGUGUUUCAUGGAAUUCUCUUCAGUGGAGAAUUGUUCGAGUUGUACAAGAACCACUUUUAUUAUUAUGUUCGACAUCUUUAACUUUUUCAUGUUUA